AUGCUGCUGAAGCCCAAGGAGGAGGUGGGCGACAGCCACGCAGACACCGAUGUUCGAGGUCUACGCAAGAUUCGAGCUCAAAGCCCGUGGACAUGGCGACCUCUCACCCUCAUUACGACCGCUUUCGCCCUCCUGUCGCUCGCUAUCAUCGUUCGCUCGUCCCUUCGGUUACAGGUCGACCCGCAAGGAUGUGUCAUGUCGAUGAUGGCCCCGACCUACAUCAAGCUCUCGGGAUUUGACACAGAACACUCGCGGUUUGCAACCAAAUAUUCGCUGUAUCUGUAUCGGGAAGAGGGGGUCGACGAAUACACAAAGGAUAACAUUGGGUUGCGAGGUGCUCCGGUGCUGUUCAUCCCAGGGAAUGCUGGGAGUUACAAGCAGGUCCGGUCUCUCUCGUCCGAGUCGUCCCGCUACUUUCACAACGUCUUGCGCCACGACGCCGAGGCAAUCAAAGCCGGGGUGCGGUCUUUCGAUUUCUUUACUAUCAAUUUCAACGAGGAUCUCUCGGCCUUCCACGGGCAGACGCUGCUUGAUCAAGCCGAAUAUGUCAAUGAAGCUAUUGCCUACAUCCUCUCCCUCUAUGUCGACAGUAAUCGUAUCCGCCGCGACUCCCAAUUACCAGAUCCGAGUUCUGUUAUCCUCAUUGGACAUUCAAUGGGUGGGAUUGUCGCACGCACCGUGCUUGUGACUCCCAAAUAUCAGGCCAAUUCGGUCAACACCAUCAUUACCAUGUCGACGCCUCAUGCGCGACCACCAGUCUCGUUCGACGCAGAUGUUGUUUCACUGUACCAACAGGUCAACGACUACUGGCGAGAAGCUUACCUGCAACGGUGGGCGAGUAACAAUCCUUUAUGGCAUACGACUCUAAUUUCUAUCGCCGGAGGAGGUCGGGAUACCACUGUACCUUCCGACUAUACCAACAUUGCCUCGCUUGUUCCAGAAAGUCACGGGUUCACCGUCUUCAGUUCCACUAUUCCAGGGGUCUGGACCGCGAUGGAUCAUUUAGCGAUUACUUGGGCCGAUCAAAUGCGAAAAGUCAUCAUCAGGUCUUUGUAUGAUGUGGUCGACGUUCGUCGAGCGGCACAGACCAAGCCACGGGUGGAGCGCAUCAAAGUCUUCCGGAAGUGGUUUUUGACGGGCCUGGAAGAUGAUGCGCCAAAGAACAUGCGUCAUGCACCACACGAGGUGCUUUUGACCCUUGGCGAUGGAACCAGAUCAGCCGUGGCUAAGGAGGACAACGUCACCAUCCGACAUUUUGGGGUGAAUGAUCAUAUGUCCGCAGUCCUGCUGCCGAUUCCCUCCGUGGACAAUUCCACCUCGAAGAUUUUCUCGCUCUUGACGGAUCAACAGAUGGAUGGCCAAGGUGGCUUCGAGAGGAUGGAAAUAUUAUUCUGUUCCGCCUUUCCACUCGCUGGAGGGCUCACUUCAACACCACUGCCAAUCCAGUUUGACCUCUCGCCCGGUGAUCCUAGCGCAACGAGACUGGCCUGCAAGAGACCAGCGGGAGACGCCAUUCUACUGCCUGCCUCGACGCGGCUGUCCCAAUAUCCGUUUGAGCAACAGCCUCCGUUUACAUAUUUGACCUACGAUUUGAGAGAUCUUCAAGACCACCAGUUUGUUGCAAUGAUAGACAAAGCCACGGAAAGGAGUCAUGGCUGGGCCCAUGCAGAGAUUGUUCCUGGGGCAGACUCAGUCGUCGCUUCUGAUGUGAGCCUACCGAUGCUCUUGCUUCGGGGACUGAAUCUGGAGCUUCCUUCGAACCGCCCUCUGGUGACGGAAAUCCGGGUGCCAUCCAUCCGAUCGAGUCUACUGGCUUACACUCUCCAAAUUCGCCAGCACGGUUGCACGACCGAUACAGAACUCUUCACGCCGUUGUUGAGGCAACACAUUGACAGCCCGUACGAGUCCAAGUACUUUGUCAACUUCAAACAGGGAGAUGUUAAUCUUCAUGGGGUGGCCCCGUUUAUGCCGCCUACACUUGACGGCCGGGAGUCCAAGGCAGGAGUAGCCUUCCAGAUCUGGUCCGAUCCAACCUGCAAUUCUUCCUUGGAGAUUCGCUUGCGGGCGGACCCAGUGGGAAGCUUAGGCAAGCUUGUGAUCAGAUAUCGCACUGUCUUUGCCGUCUUCCCUCUGCUGGUGGUGGCAAUGGUCCUGCGGAAACAAUUUCGAGUCUAUGACAACUCGGGGGUUUUCAUCUCCUUCUCUGAAAGCCUCGACCAAAGUUUGAGGCUGCCACUCCCUGUAUUGAUGCUAUCCAUGACAUUCUUUGCCACCGCGUUCACCACGGCGAGCUCGGCAAAUCUUGUAUCAAGCAGUCCUGCUCAAACCAACGGGACGGUAGUCGACUUUGCCCAGAACGACCUUCUGCUGGGUUCCCAGGACACAUUCUUCUGGUUUCUUGUCCCUCUGGCAGGCCUUUUGAGUGUGGGGGCUUGCGUUUUGAUCAACUAUGCCGUCUUGGGACUGUUACACUUUAUUGUCAUAGUAUCCAAUUUCGUCUCACAACGCUACAUGAAAUCCGACGACGGCGACAAGGUCAUGACUCCCGGGUUUGUGGCAAGUACGCCGCGUCGUCGAGCCAUCAACACGGCAGUUCUCCUGUUCCUGGUGGCGACCAUCAUUCCUUACCCCUUCGCCUACGUGGUGGCUUGCAUUGUACAAGUCUUUACCUGCGCACGGGCGUUACGCCACGCCAAAGAUUCGAGAUCUGGGCCGGCACAUAAUUUCUUCAACUACACGUAUUCGAUACUCAUUCUAAUGCUCUGGGUCUUGCCGAUUAAUCUUCCGGUCCUGGUUGUUUGGAUCCAUAAUUUGGCGGUGCACUGGCUGACACCGUUCUCAUCACAUCACAACGUGUUGUCCAUAAUGCCCUUUAUCCUGUUGGUGGAAACCCUGUCGAGUGGGAAGAUGGUGCCAUCUGUCCGGUCCUUCAGAUGGGCCACCAACCUGUUGUUUUUCGUCCUGGCGGUCUAUGCGGCGUUGUACGGCAUGACUUAUGCGUACAGAUUACAUUACAUUGCGAACAUCAUUGCCUUGUGGCUGGUCUUGCUUCAUUUCUCCACGUACCAGAAACGGAUCCCUACCUAG